UUCAGCUAGUAGUGCUUGCGUUUAGAGAAAAACCUCUCCGCCCACUGGCUGCUAUGACCUAGCUACUGGACGGAGCUUUCUUCUUGCUAUCUGCACCAUUCCCCCCAGAAAUAGAUUUUUUUUGUAGCGUUUGAGCAACCAUACUUAUAGCGUUCAAUAGUUUAUGGUUGCAUUGCCUACAUUCUGACUCGUAGCGGGCUAGCCUGUGCGGCUAGCUGGCUAGCACGGUGACAAGACAUUGGGCUGAUUGGAGCCAGCUGGUAGGACAGCAGCGCAGGAGCACACAAGCUAACUAGCCAGUCACUCAGCCUGGAUUACCGCCGCUAAUUCAACUGGUUUAAGUCUGCGCUUUAACACAGCGGGAAAUAUGAAGAUAACUGUGGAUUUCGAGGAAUGUCUGAAGGACUCCCCACGGUUCAGAGCCACCAUUGAAGAAGUGGAGGGGGAUGUCUGUGAGUUGGAAUCCAAACUUGACAAACUGGUGAAGCUGUGUAUCGGGAUGAUUGAUGCCGGCAAAGCCUACAACACAGCCAACAAACAGUUUGUCAAUGGGAUCCGGGAGCUAGCCCAGCAGUCCACCAAAGAUGAAGUCAUUGAGUCCAGUCUCACAAAGUUUGCUGAGAGCCUGCAGGAGAUGAUCAACUAUCACACGAUAUUGUUUGAUCAGGCCCAGAGAUCAAUCAAGACCCAGCUUCAAACGUUUGUCAAAGAGGACCUGCGCAGGUUUAAAGAGGCUAAGAAACAGUUUGACAAGGUGAGUGAAGAGAAGGAGGCAGCGCUGACCAAGAAUGCCCAGGCUCCCCGCAACAAGCAGCAUGAGGUGGAGGAAGCCACCAACAUCCUCACCGCCACCCGCAAGUGUUUCAGACACAUUGUCCUCGACUAUGUCUUACAGAUCAACGUACUACAAUCCAAGAGAAGAUCGGAAAUCCUGAAAUCGAUGCUGUCCUUCAUGUAUGCCCAUCUGACCUUCUUUCACCAAGGCUAUGACCUCUUCAGUGAACUGCAGCCUCUUAUGAAACAACUGGGGGGACAGUUGGACCAGCUGGUGGUGGAUGCAGCCAAAGAGAAGAGGGACAUGGAGCAGAAACACUCCACCAUCCAGCAAAAGGCUGCUUUGCAGGAUUUCUCGAAUGACGACACCAAGCUGGAGUACAAUGUGGAUGCAGACAACGGCAUCGCUAUGGAGGGCUACCUUUUUAAGAGGGCCAGCAACGCCUUCAAGACAUGGAAUAGGCGUUGGUUCUCCAUUCAAAACAAUCAGCUAGUUUACCAGAAGAAAUUCAAGGAUAAUCCCACAGUGGUGGUAGAGGACCUGAGGCUAUGUACAGUCAAACACUGUGAGGACAUAGAGCGCCGCUUCUGCUUCGAGGUGGUGUCACCCACCAAGAGCUGUAUGAUGCAAGCUGACUCAGAGAAGCUGCGACAAGCCUGGAUUAGAGCCGUCCAAAACAGCAUUGCCACUGCCUUCCGUGAGAAGGGAGAUGAUGCCGAGAAGCUGGACAGGAAGUCGUCCACAUCAACAGGGAGCCUGGACUCGGGCGGGGAGCCCAAGGAGAGAUCACUGAAAGGGGAGAGUGCCCUCCAGAGGGUCCUGGCCAUCCCCGGCAACGCCUGCUGCUGUGACUGUGGUCAGCCGGACCCUCGCUGGGCCAGCAUCAACCUGGGCAUCACCCUCUGCAUACAGUGCUCUGGCAUUCACAGGAGUCUGGGAGUGCAUUUCUCGAAGGUGCGGUCUCUGACUUUGGAUACAUGGGAGCCAGAACUACUCAAGUUAAUGUGUGAACUGGGUAAUGGAGUGAUCAACCAGAUCUAUGAGGCUCGGAGAGAGGAACUAGGAGCCAGAAAACCACAGCCAGGAGAUCCAAGACAUGAGAUAGAGGGCUACAUCAAAGCCAAGUACGUGGACCGCCGGUUCGUACGCCGACCAUCUGACGAGGAGCUUCGCACAAAGGUGGUUUGCCUGAGCAAACAGGAGAAGAGGCUGAGCAGCAGCUCUGAGCAUCUGCCCCCCAGACCUCCACCGCCCACCCCCAAGCUACGACCUGGCUCCAAUGUCUCUGGACAGUCUGCUGCUGCUGGUGGCUUGGAGGCCCGCCGCGACUCUCUCUUCUGUGCUGACGAGCUCGACUCGCUCUUCUCCUACUUUGACACCUCUUCCAAGCUGAGGAGCAUAAAAAGUGCAGACAGUGGCAUCCAAAACAGUGCUGAUGGGAGCAGGGAGAUGCUGGCCACCACCCCCUCCACUAACAGCCUGGGAGAUGCAGAAGCUGCAGAGCCACCACCCAUGCCCAUGCCUGCUACGCUGCCCCCUCCUUCGCCAUUUAAGGAGACCGUUUUCUACGAGCCCAAGGAGUACAGCCCAGGCCUGCAGCUUUACUGGGCAUCAUAUGCCCGCAGCCUUCCCGACAUGGCGGAGGCUCUGGCCCACGGAGCUGAGGUCAACUGGGUCAACACAGAGGAUGACAAGAGGACACCACUUAUCAUGGCGGUACAGGGGGGCUCCCUGGUUACCUGUGAGUUCUUGCUCCAAAAUGCGGCCAACGUGAACCAGCAAGAUGCCCAGGGCCGAGGACCGCUCCACCACGCCACCAUCCUGGGACACACAGGGCAAGUGUGUUUAUUCCUGAAGAGAGGAGCUAAUCAAAAUGCUGCAGACAUUGAGGAGAAAACGCCCCUGUCCAUGGCAGUGGAGGCAGCGAAUGCAGAUAUUGUCACAUUGCUGCGGCUGGCCAAGAUGAAUGAGGAGAUGCGGGAGGCAGAGGGGCCCUACAGCCAGUCAGGAGAUGAAACCUACCAGGACAUUUUCCAGGACUUCACCCAGAUGGCCUCCAACGAUCCAGACAAGCUGAACCGCUACCAGCACUACGACCCGCAGCGACCCUGACACCAGAGAGACUCCCACCUGGAGAGACGUCUGCGCCCACCCAGAAAGACGUCCACGUCCACGUCCACGUCCACGUCCACGUCCACCCCAGUAGAACCCAGAAACAUCUGGAUUAUGGUCAGGUAGCAGCGCUGUUGGUGCAGCAGGACCGGCUUCAUCAGAUCCAACAUGGUCAAAGCCGCCCUUCCUCACAUUGUAAUGAGUUUUAUUUGCAGCUGCAGUUUUAUCUCCUGUUGAAUGGGACGAGCAUUUUAAUUAAGUGAAGGGGAACGUAACUGUUGUCCCCAAUUUUUAAUUUUUUAACAAUACUCAAUAGGACGUAUUACAGUAAGUGAAUGGUACAGUGUUGUAACCUUUGAAAGGAUUUGCUUCAUCUGCACAAAGUCAUAUGAAAUUUUUUUUGAAUCAUAAUUAAAAGUGAUAGUUUAGAUUCCCACCCAUGCAGUGGUAGUUGCUGGUCCAUGGGAGUGUAACACAUCCACUGAGUUUGGUCCGUUAACUCCUUCCCUGUCACGAUAACAACAGCUUCACCACAGAAAAUAGUGGCGCCAUUUUGGAAGCUAGAGGACUGAAAGGAUCGCUCAAAAAUGAAACCAAAACAAAAGCGUGUUGUUUUGCAUCCUCAAAAGCAUUUUUUCAGCUUCAUGUCGCUGCUCAAAAUUGUCGUUUUCCAAUCUAUAUCUGCUUCAUUCAUUUUGGAGCAGUACACGCCGGGUGAAGCUCUCAUUCUCAAGACAGGGACGGAGUUCAUGGUCCAGACUCAGUGGGUGUGUUACAGUCAGACAGCAGCAAACACUGCUUUAUGGGUAAGAAUCCAAGCUACAACUUGAACUCACUCUGAAUGUAGAUGUGUUAUCAAGGCUCUUAAUGUUGGUGCCCUAGUUUAAGUAUGCUUUUAGCCCAUCUUCCUGACAGGUGAAACUGACAUACAAUUUCUUUAUUAAACAAAACCAGCUGUGCUGCAUUCAGAGUUGUAAAGAGAGGUUAGUGCAUGAUAGACUCUUGAAAAUGUUCCAUUUCUGUGUUCAAACCAGUGCUCUUGUGAAUAGGAUUCCCUUUAAAGGCAUAGGCAAACAGGAUGUGUUUUUGUAUCAGAUACAAAGGUUUGCCUCAGCAGGCAUAUACGGCAAUAUGCAUUUAGUUAUUUGCACAGAUCCCUUUGUCUUAAAUCACCACUGAUGUUUACCAGCUUUGAUGGUAAGACUUUGACGUGUGAAACGAUGUACAGUCCUGAUGGAAGUGCACAUGUUAUUGCUGAGUCUGUUGUGUUAAAAAACUCAUAGUUAUUGUCUUGGAUUUGAAAUGCUACAUAGUUAUUUUUGAGAAUGUUCCACUGAAUGAUGUUUUCCUUGCUGUCACUAGAUUAGUGUGUGUGUGCGUGUGUGCCUGUGUGUGCGUGUGUGUGUGUGUGUGUGUGUGAGAUUGGGGCAGUUGAGAUUUCAGUGUGUGUUUCUUGAGAGGAUUGUUAACUUUUAGAUUCAGUCUCAAAGACUGAAGCAUGUUGGACCUCUAGCAUGUUGACCUCAUGGCUACCAGAAAUACAUAGCUGUGUUUUACAGUCUGCUAAAAUUUUGGGAAUGUAUGGAAAAUUAAUCAUUUUCAGGCUUUGGUUUUUGAAAAUUCUGUAAAAGAACCAAACUGUUGCAGCUGUAAACUCAAUGUCAUUUCAUGUGUUGUGAAGAAUGAUCUUCAGCUUUAGAGCAGUAAGUCCUGUUUCCCAGCCUCUGUCAGCAGACAACUCAUCUUUAAGUCAAGAUUUAAGUCUGGAAAUUUGUCAUGGAACAUAUGUAUUCUAGAAACUGUGGUCUUGUUUUUGUACUCCAUUUUUAAAAGUGUAAAAGCCUCACUUCUGUUUGGCGUUCACAGUAUAUUACAAGAAGUGAAUGAAGUGCAAUGUAAAGUGCUGCGCAGAGGAAACCAUUCACCAGUGUAACAUGGGAUACAAUUCUUGUACAUUUUGUACAGAUGCUUUUGAAUACACCAGAAAACUGAAGUAUGAAGUAGUGGUACUUGAAUCAUUAAAUAAGCUUUUGUAAAUGCUGUUCCUUUUAUCCUUUGGUAAUUUUAGCCCAUUUUAUAUGCCCCUCUGUAUACCAGCAAACAUGUAUAUUACACCUGUAAUAUCUGAGGACUUUAAUACAUAUGCUGCAAAUUCUA